AAUUAAUAAGAGAAUUUGUUAAAUUCAGAGAUAAAUCACUUCUUCGCAUAAAAUUUAUCUUGUUUGAUCAAUCAUUACGAAAGAUAAAAUGCAAUAUAAACAAUAUAGACUUCAAAUUCUUGUAAAUGGCAUGCCUUUGGAAGAAUGUUGGGAACCUUUGGAUAGUAAUGAUAAUAAACUUUCCAGUUACACUCGAGAUAACAUCACUAAUUUAAAAUAUGAAAGUGAAUCGAUUCAUUACGCAGCAGUCAAUGUAGAUCAUGGUACUCGUUUCUCCGUACGUUUCUCGGCUGAAGAUGCGACAAAAGAUGAACCAAUAAAGGCUUAUCUCUCAGUUGAUGGAAAUUGGGAUUUUACGUAUUAUCAGCUUUAUAAUGAAAAAUUUUGUAGAGCAAAUGGGUUUUGGAAUAAAGAUAGAAACAAAAAAUAUUAUUUCAAAUUUAUUCAAACAACAAGUUCAUCAUCAUCAGAUACUAACAACAGCAUCACCAAUGUUAACGAAGAAACCAAUGCCGACAUUGAAGAAACCAAUAUUGAUAGCAAAAAAGCCAAUAUUGACAGCAAAGAAAAUGAAACCAACAAAGAAACUAAUGUUAACAGCAAUGAAACAAAUAUUAAGGAAAAAGGACCAAAUGAUAAUAGAUUUUCUUUAAUGAAAUCUAGUGGUCCCGGAUGCGUUUCAGUGUAUUUUUAUCGUGCUAAAUGGGUAAAUCAACAGUGUAAAGUUCCAAAUUUUAUUAUUAAUAAAACAUCAAAUGCUGAAGAUAUAAGUUUAUAUACUGGAUUUGAUGAAGAAUUUGAUGACCAAAAUUUUAUACAAAAUGGUGUUGUUAAUUUACGAAGAAUAUCCAAAAAUCCAAUUGCCGAGUUACAUAUUCAUUAUAGGGAUAUUUCGUAUCUCACAGAUCGAGGAUUUAUCUUCCCUAAUUUGAAUACUCCAAAGAGUGAUUUAAUUCGAGAGGAUUAUUUUGAAAAUAUUACUACUAAUAAAGAGAAUAGAUUAAUUAAAUAUGUAAAGCCAACAAUAAUUAUCACUAGUCACUUCGAUCAAACUGGACUAAUUGACAGAGAAGAAAGCAACUUAAUUAAGAAAGAGAGGUCAGAUAAAGUGUUUUUGACUGUAGAAAAAUCAAACAAACGAUCUUUUGAUCCUGAUGAAGAGGAGUCAAUUAAUAAACGAGUAAAGUAUGAUGUUACUGAGGGGAAAUUAACGAAAAUGUAAUUAUUAUUGAAGAAUCUGAUGAUAGAAAUAUUUUAAUGUCCAAUGCUUUUUUAAUCAAUGUGAUGCAACAUUUAUGCAACAUUUAACUUCUUCUUCAUCACUAACAGUGAUAAGAUUAAAGUGUCUAAUCUUGUUUAUGACAUAAAUAAAUUUGAUUAUGCAAUAAUAUUUAUUUAACUAAUAGCUAAUAUCAAUACAAAUUAAAUAAUUUUCAAAAAAAAAAUAUACUAAACGCUUCAAAACUUAUGGUAUUAUAUAACAGCUGUUCUAUUAGAACUAGAGUACUUCAAAAUUGGGACGCCUUUUAAAAGAAAUACA